AUUUUGCUUUAGGCUGUCACAAAAGCGCUUAUUGGUACUUAUGUCCAAUUAAAGAAAGGUUUAGCCGCAUUCAUGCACGGUUUUAUGUUUCAAAAGUGUAUUUUGAAAUUAUUUUUAGUGAAAAUAGUGUAAUUUAGUUUAAUUAUGUCGGGGGAAAGAGAAAUAGCCGCUGAGGAUAGUAUUCGAGUCGUAUGCAGGUUCCGGCCCCUGAAUGAUUCAGAGGAAAAGGCUGGUUCGAAGUUUAUUGUCAAGUUUCCAAGUGGAAAUGAGGAUAAUUGCAUCACAAUCGGGGGCAAAGUAUACCUAUUCGAUAAAGUAUUUAAGCCCAAUGCAACACAAGAAAAGGUAUACAAUGAGGCUGCCAAGAGCAUCGUCUCAGAUGUAUUGGCUGGAUACAAUGGAACUAUUUUUGCAUACGGUCAAACUUCCUCCGGAAAAACACAUACCAUGGAAGGUGUCAUAGGCGAUCCUGGUAAGCAAGGUAUCAUCCCCCGCAUUGUCAACGAUAUCUUCAACCAUAUAUAUGCGAUGGAGGAAAAUUUAGAAUUUCAUAUAAAAGUUUCAUAUUUUGAAAUUUACAUGGAUAAAAUAAGAGAUCUAUUAGAUGUAUCAAAGGUAAAUUUGAGCGUGCAUGAAGACAAAAACAGAGUUCCUUUUGUGAAGGGUGCCACUGAGCGAUUUGUUUCAAGUCCCGAUGAAGUUUUCGAAGUAAUUGAGGAAGGAAAAUCAAAUCGUCACAUUGCAGUCACAAACAUGAACGAACACUCCUCUAGAUCACAUUCGGUGUUUUUAAUUAACGUUAAACAAGAAAAUUUAGAAAAUCAAAAGAAGCUAUCUGGAAAACUAUAUCUGGUAGAUUUAGCCGGUUCCGAAAAAGUUUCAAAAACCGGAGCCGAGGGUACCGUUUUGGACGAAGCUAAAAAUAUUAACAAAUCACUAUCAGCCCUCGGAAAUGUUAUAUCUGCUUUGGCCGAUGGCAAUAAAACGCACAUUCCUUAUCGAGAUUCGAAACUGACCAGGAUUCUUCAAGAGUCUCUCGGAGGUAACGCUAGGACGACCAUUGUGAUCUGCUGUUCGCCGGCUAGUUUUAACGAAUCCGAAACUAAGUCGACAUUAGAUUUCGGAAAGAGAGCCAAGACUGUGAAGAACGUUGUAUGUGUGAACGAAGAAUUGACUGCUGAAGAAUGGAAGCGUAGGUACGAGCGCGAAAAAGAAAAGGUCGUCCGACUCAAAGGCAAGGUUGAAAAACUUGAAGAAGAAUUGGCACGUUGGCGUGCUGGUGAAACGGUUAAUCCUGACGAACAAAUCAAUUUACAAGAUGUUAUGGAAGCAUCCACGCCAGGAACCGGUUUAGAUGCAAAUGCAGCCGCGGCGGGUGAUCUUCCUGUGCCCGCCACUCCAGCCGGAGUCGGACAAACUGUGAUGAAUAUGAGCAUAACUAAUGAGGAACGAGCUCGAUUUGAGUCAGAAAGAGAACGUCUGUAUCAACAACUUGAUGAUAAAGAUGAAGAAAUUAACCAGCAUUCACAAUAUGUUGAGAAGCUUAAGGAACAAAUUUUGGAGCAAGAGGAUCUCAUUGCCUGCACGAGGCGAGAUUAUGAAUCUCUUCAAGGUGAAAUGAAUAGGAUUCAGCAAGAAAAUGAAAGCGCGAAAGAAGAAGUCAAAGAAGUAUUACAAGCUCUUGAAGAGUUGGCUGUGAACUAUGAUCAAAAAAGCCAAGAAGUUGAUUCUAAAAACAAAGAAUUUGAAUCAAUCACCGAAGAAUUAUUACAAAAACAAUCAGUACUAAACACAACAUCUACAGAAUUGCAACAAUUAAAAGAUAUGUCAGCUCAUCAGAAACGUAGAAUUACUGAAAUGUUGACAAAUCUUUUACGAGAUUUGAGCGAAGUUGGUGUAGCUAUCGGCGGAGAAGGUGCUGAUAUGAAGGUGGGACAGAGCUUAUGUUAUAGCGCCGGAAAACUUGAAGAAGAAUUUACUGUUGCGCGUCUUUUUAUUAGCAAAAUGAAAUCAGAAGCUAAGAAUCUCUCCCAGAGAUGCCAGGGUCUCGAGACCACUCAACUGGACUCAAACAAGAAAAUUACAGAAUAUGAAAGAGAUUUGGCUGACUGCAGGUUGUUGAUAAGUCAACAUGAGGCAAGAAUGAAAAGUUUGCAAGAAUCGAUGAGAGAAGCAGAAAACAAAAAGAGAACUUUAGAGGAGAACUUGGAUGCUCUAAGAGAAGAAUGUGCAAAGUUGAAGGCUGCAGAACAAGUGUCUGCGGUUAGUGUAGAAGAGAAAGAAAAGGCAGCACAACUAAGAGAAGCCUUGGAAGGUCAGAUGGAUCAUUUGAGAGAUGCCCAUCAAAAACAGGUGGCUAUGUUAAGAGAUGAGAUUUCAGAGAAGCAAGAGAUGAUCAAUGAAUUGAAAGAUUCCAACCAAAAACUUACUUUGGCUCACCAGCAGAUGACCGCUGAUUAUGAGAAGCUUCGACAAGAGGAAGCCGAUAAAUCAACGCGACUUCAAGAAUUAAUGUCAGUAAAAAAUAAUUUUAUUUCAUCAUCUCUUCCAUGCUCACCUAAUCGUAAUCUUAUAAAAAAAUCUAAACUGCCCUAUUUUAAUAUCCCCUUGACAAAAUCUUGCAAAAAUGUUCUAAAUUCUACGACCAAGGUUACACAAACAAAUUCUGCCUGUGUGCCUGUUUCCAACAGCAGUUAUAAGACCUACAGCUAUUACAUAAAUACCUUACAUUUGCAUUUACUAUUAUCAAUUACCAUGAUUUUGGUCACAAAAGAUUGUCCACAUUACUUGAUAGAGUUCUAA